GGCUACGCUACGCUGAUUGGUACGCAUAAGCAAAUUCAACAGUGUAUUUCGGCCUUAAAUAAUUCGAAAUGGAAGGGAUCUACUAUCAGAGUGGAAUUAGCGAAAAGAAAAAAUGAAGAUCUGCGUGAUGAAGAACGUCUUUCGGCAGCCCAAUUUGAAGCUAUUACAGAAAAAAAUAAACUAGAAAAGAUUGAAAGAAAUUUAAAUCCUGUAACUUUUGAUGAAGCCGAAAAGAAUUUAGGCCGGAAGCGCACGUGCGUGAGGGUUAACAACCUUUCUAACCCUCCUCAUGGACGCUACGGCACGUGGGAUUCCUCCAAUCAGCAUAUAUAUUUUACUGAUUCUUAUGAAACCUGUGCUUCGUCUAAAACUUCACGAUCUGCCUAUUUUAAGGGUAAUUUAACUGAAGCGGUUUCCCCUGAAUCCUUAACCAUGAUUGGUGGAAACACUUCUGACGCGCCCUCACUGAAAUUUUCAGAGAAGAAGAAUAUCAAUUUUGAAAAAACUUCAGAAAAACCUGAGCAGAUCUCGUUCAAUGUAGCUUCCAAUCAUAAUGGUUCUGAGGCACUCAUUGGCGAUGCUAACUACUGUAAAGUGGAUGUUGGGCUUUUGAAGGAAGUCUACAACGAUAAAUCCUCUUCUUUUCGCUUUUUUGAUGAAAAUUACGAAAAUGAAAGCUCGACUAUGGACGCAGAAAAGCUUCUUGAUAAUAAUAAAUUAUCCACAAGGACGACUUCUAAAAACCCUCAAAGUCCACAAAAGCCUACUGAAGAAGAGGCAUCGUCGCCAUUUUUUUUUCAUUUGAGUGAUUAUUCCUUGCAAAAUCGGCUGCUCUCUGGCAAAGAAUGCGAUUUUUAUAAUUACUUUACGUGUCCUGCUAGUCAACGAGAUUCGCUUGAGCAAUGGAAGGACAAACGAAUUAAACUGAUGGAAAUGUUUAGGCAGGCAAGACGGCAGGCCUUAAAGAAAGAGGGCAUGAGAGAGAAAGCAACCUAA